AAUCGGGUGGUUGACAAAGUACCAACCCGACGUCUUCACAAGGAUCGUUCUUCACCAUGGAUCGUAGUCGAAGGCCUAAGGCUUCCUGUAUGAUCCAUGUCAAUUCCUUUUCCUCCUCAAAAUCUCUGUUGAAUCAUGGCCAGCACCUGCUCUUUCUCUUUGCCCUUCUCCUCCGCGAAGCUAAGCACCAGGACUCUACCAUCUCCACUCACUUCCACCCAUCCCUUUUCUCAACGACUUGGGUUCCCCCUCAGUAAGCCAAAUGCCGCCGUCUCAUAUUCUCAAUUAGGCGCUCAAUUCGGUGACCAAGGCCUGCAGAUCUCGUCGGACAAUAUCCGCUCCAAACUCCCACUUCGUAGCUGCAUUUGGAAGUGGAGGGGUUACUCUAUUCGCUACCAAUGUUCAGGAGAUGAUGGCCCUGCAUUGAUACUGAUUCAUGGUUUUGGAGCAAACAGUGACCAUUGGAGGAAAAAUAUACCUGUCCUUGCUGAAUCACAUAGAGUUUAUGCUCUUGAUCUUAUUGGUUAUGGAUAUUCAGACAAGCCAAACCCAGAUGUAGUUGGAGAAAACUUUUAUACGUUUGAGACAUGGGCUUCCCAGCUGAAUGAUUUUUGUGUUGACGUGGUUCAGGAUGAAGCAUUUUUUAUCUGCAAUUCUAUAGGGGGAGUAGUUGGUCUGCAGGCAGCUGUUAUGAAACCGCAGAUCUGUAAAGGUAUUGUUCUUCUAAACAUAUCUUUACGUAUGCUUCAUAUUAAGAAGCAGCCUUGGUAUGGGAAGCCAUUGAUCAGAUCCUUUCAGAAUUUGCUGAGAAAUACUGCUCUAGGAAAAUAUUUUUUUAGAACUGUUGCAACCCCCGAGUCUGUGAAGAAUAUUCUCUGCCAGUGUUACCAUGACACCUCCCAAGUUACAGAUGAACUAGUGCAAAUUAUCCUAAAUCCCGGAUUACAGCCGGGUGCUGCUGAUAUCUUUCUGGAGUUUAUUUGUUACUCAGGCGGGCCCCUUCCUGAAGAGCUUUUGCCGAGGGUGAAGUGUCCUGUAUUGAUAGGAUGGGGUGACAAAGAUCCGUGGGAGCCAAUUGAGCUGGGAAGAGAUUAUGGAAAUUUCGAAUCCGUGGAAGAUUUUGUUGUCCUUCCCAAUGUUGGACACUGCCCUCAGGACGAGGCACCUCAUCUAGUGAACCCGCUCGUUGAGUCCUUUGUGUCGCGCCAUGCUAGCACAUAAUCCUUUAGAACCCGAAAUUCCAAUUCUAGGCUUUGGAAGUAGUUUCUUUAAUCAUCUUGAAAUUCCUACUGGACGCCAUCUAUGAUUUAUGCCUGUUCAAAAGUGGAACUUGCCUUGCAUAGGAUUGCUGCGUCCUGGAUCUCAGCUGUGAAGUUGUCAUUCAAGCAACCUGUACAGUGUACACCAGUGCGAGGAUACUUGCUUAAUACUUCUUCCCCCACCCCACAAACAACGCCAUGUACCUUCUAAGUUUAUGUAACAACGUUUUACAACGUCAUCUUUAAGGAAAUGGGAAUCUAUGAUUCAACUCUGACCUUACCUUCCUA